AUGGCUCAAUUAUUAGGAAUUAUUUAAGAAUCAAACUAACUUCAUUUAUAAGAUUUAAUUUCAAACAUUCACUCUACCACUAAAUUAAUAGAAAAAAAAGGAAACGUAUUAAAAAAAAGAAGAGAUACCCUUCUUACAAUCUUGAAAGAUUUAAAAGAAAAUGAUACAAAAUUAGCAGAUUCUAAGAUAUCUUGUAGUACAGCACUCUAUUCUUCAAUGAAUGAUGAUAGUGAUUUGAUUCAAAAACUAUAUGAAGAAAUAUCAAAUAAAGAUUAAUAGAUUUAAGAAUUAAAAGAUUAAGUAGACACUCUCACUAUUUAAUUACGGAACUCUCAAGCUUGUAAUGAAGAAAUGCAAUAUCAAUUAUAAUCAAAGCAUUAAUAGUAAUAUCAAAGGGAGAAUAAGCAAAGUUAAUCUAGUAUUAAAAUACAAUAUAAACUUAGUGAUUAUUCCAUCAUUAUCUUAAAGUAUUUAACAAAUAAGCAAUAAUCUUGUUCAGACUUUAUCUACAAAUUCAAGUAAAUCAAUUGAGUAUCCAAAAUCAAAAGAAGAAAUGUCCAAAAUGAUUAGAAGAAUUUCUAUGUAAGCUGCGGCUUCUGCUCAUAUUCUUGCAGCAAAAGGUGAUUAUACUUCAUUAUAAAUUGCUCGUGAAGAAAUUCUCAGUUAAAAAAGCGUUGGAUCUUAAAAAUCAUUUAAAUGA